GGCAACUCCACCAGGCGGGAAAAUAAAAUAUUUAAAUACUUCCGCAAAUCAUUUCCCCUUCCCGCCGGUGUCGAAACCCUAACGAUCCAGCCUAACCAAUCGGUUUCUCCGACUCUUUGGUCGGACAGGCAUAAUCAUGGAGAGAAUUCAUGUAUCCGUGAGGGCAAGACCGUUAUCUCCAGAGGAUGCCAAGAACAGCCCAUGGCGAAUUUCGGGAAAUUCGAUAUUUUUGCCUAAUCAGACUUCCUGCAAGUUCGAAUUUGAUCGAGUUUUUGAGGAGAAAUGCAAAACUGCGGAGGUUUAUCUCGCUCGAACUAAGGACUUGGUCGCUGCUGCAGUUCGUGGGUUUAAUGGGACUGUUUUUGCAUAUGGACAAACAAGCAGUGGUAAAACCCAUACGAUGCGCGGGUCAGCUUCCGAGCCUGGAGUCAUUCCUCUUGCUGUGUAUGAUUUGUUCAAAACUAUACAUGAGGAAGUGGAUCGAGAAUUUCUUUUACGGAUGUCAUAUAUGGAGAUCUACAAUGAGGAAAUCAAUGAUCUCUUAGCUCCUGAGCACCGAAAACUGCAAAUACAUGAAAGCAUUGAGAGGGGAAUAUUUGUUGCUGGUUUAAGAGAAGAAAUUGUGGCCUCCACUGAGCAAGUUUUGGGGCUUAUGGAGUUUGGCGAAUCUCAUCGUCAUAUUGGAGAGACAAAUAUGAAUGUGUACAGCAGUAGAUCACAUACAAUAUUCCGCAUGAUAAUCGAGAGUAGGGAGAAAAAUGAAGAUGCAGAUUCAGACAAUACAUGCGAUGCUGUCCGUGUAUCUGUUCUGAACUUGGUGGACUUGGCUGGUUCAGAACGUGCUGCAAAGACUGGAGCAGAAGGAGUUCGUCUUAAAGAGGGCUCUCACAUCAACAAAAGCCUGAUGACAUUAGGAACUGUGAUAAAGAAACUGAGUGAAGGUGUUGAGAGCCAAGGUGGCCAUGUUCCCUAUCGAGAUAGCAAGCUCACACGUAUUCUACAGCCUGCACUGGGUGGAAAUGCCAAUACUGCCAUCAUAUGCAAUAUUACACUUGCACAGACUCAUGCUGAUGAGACUAAAAGUAGUCUUCAAUUCGCUAGUAGAGCAUUACAUGUAACAAACUGUGUUCAUGUGAAUGAGAUACUGACUGAUGCUGCUUUGCUAAAACGUCAAAAGAAGGAGAUAGAAGAGCUUCGGGCCAAAUUGCUGGAUUCCCAUUCAGAGCAUCUUGAAGAGGAGAUUCUCAGUCUACGCAAUGCUUUAUUGAAGGCUGAGCUUGAGAGGGAAAGAAUGGCUCUAGAGUUGGAGGAGGAAAAGAAAGCUCAGGCUGAGCGUGAGAGAAGAUUGCAGGAACAAGCCAAGAAAAUUGAGAAUUUGAGUUCUAUGGUUUUGUGCUCUAAUAAGAAUGAGAAUCAUGACAUCUACAAGAAGGAGAAGCGGCGUGAGACUUGGUGCCCUGGGAAACUCUCUAGGGAGACUACCUAUGAGCUGAACUCUAAAGAUGAAGAGAAGUCUUUGGUGAAACCUGGAAGAGUAGAAUGUUUCUCGGGACCGCUGCUACCUUUUGAAGAACUAGAUGAAGUUGGCGCAGUUGAAUCUUGCAAGGAAGAAGAACACAACAAAAAUGAUUUGCAGGAAGACUUUAUAUUUCCUAAUCCACUCGCUUUAUUGCACGUCACCAGCAGGAGGAAAUUACCAACCAGAAAGAAGAGCUUGCCAAUAGUUGUUACCUUUUACAUGUUUUUACACUGUGUUGGUUCUUUGCCAUAAGCUUUUGUAGUGAUUAGUUUUAGUUCCAAUUUUUGCAAUUAUCUAUUUUGCUACAGGAGAACAGUGAACUGGAAGAAAUUCAAGCAGAAUAUGAAGAUUUGCUUAUAAAAUUUGAAACUGAGAGAAUCAUGAGUGAGAUACAGCAAGAUUACUUGAGAAGAAGGCUUGUUGAGGCUGAUCUCUCUCAGGAGGAGAAAUUUAAGGAGAGUUUUGCUGAGAACAAGACAUGCAAAGCUCAUGGAUGUGCUAGCGAUAAGUUGAGUGAGUCGGAAGCCAUUCUUGUA